CAACAACAACACGGCUACUGAUUCUAUGGAUUUCGGUUGCUCCCUAGCCAAAAUAAAAUUGAAAUAUUGAAGCUUUUUACAUGGUUUCGGUGUAUAUUAACCACUGUAUUUUAAACACACUUUUGUCGUCUACCUAGUUAUCCCGUUUAAAUUAACAUUUACUCUGUUGUUGUUAGUCAGGGAGCCCCGGCUUGAUAAAUUGGCCUAGCACUAUGCUAGUCGCUAAUGAUAACUAGCUAUCUUCCUUGACCAUGAGCUCACUAAACUACUCUCCUCCUGCUAAAGAAGAGGCGGUCUGCUGGACGGAGAAAGAGGGUCUGUGGCUGAACGUUGUCGUGAAAGAGGAGAAAGAAGAGGAGGAUGUCACCGUUAAACACGAAGUAGAGGAAGAGGAGGCUGUUACAAUACAAAAACAAGUAGAGGGUGAGUCUGUGACAGUGAAACGAGAAGAGAAAGACGUUUCAGUGAAAGAAGAGGAAGACGCGUUCAGAGUGAAAGAGGAAGAGGAUGUUACUGUGAAAGAGGAGGAGGAAGAGAAAGAGGAGGAUGCAGUUUUUGGAGUGAAGGAGGAGAAAGAGGAGAUGACUGUCAUAUCGAACAAGGAGGAGACAGGAGACCUGAUUAACACCAGAGAGAGACGUGACUAUCUUGGAUCCUCCGAGGAGCCUCAACAACAACAUGAUGCUGACGAGGUUGAGAAGAGUCUCUCCACAUCAGAACACCUCAAGAAACACCAGCCGAGAUUCAUCUAUUCAACAGAACUUAAAAGACAUCAGAGAAUCAAUACAGGAGAAAAACCUCACAGCUGUGCUCAAUGUGGGAAGAGUUUUGCUAAGGCAGGAGGCCUGGCUACACACCACAGAAUACACACUGGAGAAAAACCGUACCACUGCCCUGACUGUGGAAUGAGCUUUGCUACCUCAAGUCAGCUGAUAAGACAUCAGAAAACACACACAGGAGAAAAGCCUUAUUGCUGUGAUCAGUGUGGGAAGAGAUUCAUUCAAUCAGCGAACCUGACUGUACACAAGAGAAUACACACUGGAGAGAAACCGUACCACUGCUCCAACUGUGCGAAGAGCUUUUCUACUUCAAGCGGAUUGAUAACACACCAGCGAACACACACAGGAGAGAAGCCUUACCACUGCUCUGACUGUGGAAAGAGCUGUACCACCUCAAGUGCACUGAUAUCACACCAGCGUACACACACAGGAGAGAAGCAUUACCACUGUUCUGUUUGCGGGAAGAGUUUUGCUACUUUAAGCAACCUGACACAACACCAGCGAACACACACAGUAGGAAAGCCUCAUAGCUGUGAUCAAUGUGAUAAGAGAUACUCCCAUCUAAUGUCUCUCAUUAAACAUCAGAAAAUACAUGAAAAAGAUCCAGACCUGCGUAGUAGAACACAGAGUGUAGAAUGAUAUCCAACACCAGACCUGGGUAGUAGAACACAGAGUGUAGAAUGAUCUCCAACACCAGACCUGGGUAGUAGAACACAGAGUGUAGAAUAACCUCCAACACCAGACCUGGGUAGUAGAACACAGAGUGUAGAAUGAUCUCCAACACCAGACCUGGGUAGUAGAACACAGAGUGUAGAAUGAUAUCCAACACCAGACCUGGGUAGUAGAACACAGAGUGUAGAAUGAUCUCCAACACCAGACCUGGGUAGUAGAACACAGAGUGUAGAAUGAUAUCCAACACCAGACCUGGGUAGUAGAACACAGAGUGUAGAAUGAUCUCCAACACCAGACCUGGGUAGUAGAACACAGAGUGUAGAAUGACCUGGGUAGUAGAACACAGAGUGUAGAAUGACCUCCAACACCAGACCUGGGUAGUAGAACACAGAGUUUAGAAUGACCUGGGUAGUAGAACACAGAGUGUAGAAUGACCUCCAAAACCAGACCUGGGUAGUAGAACACAGAGUGUAGAAUGACCUCCAAAACCAGACCUGGGUAGUAGAACACAGAGUGUGGAAUGAUCUCCAACACCAGACCUGGGUAGUAGAACACAGAGUGUAGAAUGACCUGGGUAGUAGAACACAGAGUGUGGAAUGACCUGGGUAGUAGAACACAGAGUGUGGAAUGAUCUCCAACACCAGAUCUGGGUAGUAGGACACAGAGUGUGGAAUGACCUCCAACACCAGACCUGGGUAGUAGAACACAGAGUGUGGAAUGAUCUCCAACACCAGACCUGGGUAGUAGAACACAGAGUGUGGAAUGAUCUCCAACACCAGACCUGGUUAGUAGAACACAGAGCGGAAUGACCUCCAACACCAGACCUGGGUAGUAGAACACAGAGUGUGGAAUGACCUCCAACACCAGACCUGGGUAGUAGAACACAGAGUGUAGAAUGAUCUCCAACACCAGACCUGGGUAGUAGAACACAGAGUAAUGAUCUCUUUGUGAUAACGUUUGAUGCAGCUGGUUCAACUUGUUUCAUCCUUCAGUAUUUCUUAAAUAAUACUAUUGACAGCUCUAAUGUCAAAUGAUCUGAUUUCAUAGUUUGUAUAUG